ACAGCGGCAGGGUCGACGGGAGAAGAGGAGAGCCUUGUUAUUUUACUUACCUUGUUGCCGUAAAACCGGCCACUCGCGUCUGCAGCCGGUAAUCCCUGCCCGAGGGAAUCAGGCAGGGUAAAAUGGCUGCCUCUUCCUCCUCAUCUUCAGCUGGUGGAGUUAGUGGAAGCUCUGUAACUGGAUCUGGAUUCAGCGUCUCAGACCUUGCCACACCACGGAAAGCUCUCUUCACAUACCCUAAAGGGGCUGGUGAAAUGUUAGAAGAUGGCUCAGAGCGAUUUCUUUGUGAAUCAGUUUUCAGCUACCAAGUUGCAUCCACACUAAAGCAAGUGAAACAUGAUCAGCAGGUUGCUCGGAUGGAAAAACUUGCUGGUUUGGUUGAAGAACUGGAGGCAGAUGAAUGGCGGUACAAGCCCAUAGAACAACUGCUGGGGUUCACACCUUCAUUGGGUUGAAAGUUCAGCAUCUGUAGGUUUGGAAAGAGAAAGUACCUGCAGAACUCUGCUUUGAAACAUUGCAUUAGUCUAUGUAAUAAAAGAACAAUCAAUUUCUGAUGUCUAAGAUCUAGUAAAAGGUGGCCACAGAACAGUUUUUAAAAA